GGCGGAGACUUUACAAAAGCGAUACCCCUGUACGUCCCUCCCAUAAAGGCGGAGCGCCGGGUGCAUCGAGAAAAUGUCAACAUGCCGGAGUCUUCAAGAGAAACAGAAACUGACGAAGAAAUGACUGACAGACAACAAAGAGAUGAAGGAAACCAGCCGUCUCAUAACAUCGUGUCUUCGAUAUCUCAGUUCGCAGAUGAUAAUUUAACAUUUGUGCGGAACAUAAGCACCGGACUGGCAGUUGUUGGUGUUAUUGUAAUAGCAAGAAGUAUCAAACUGAUCACCAAAUUUCAAGCUGCGUCUGAGAUCCCUGCUCGUUUUAUUGAGAGGAACAUCAGCCUCCGCGGGAAAGUUCAUUCAAUCACAGAGAGAGGACUUGAAGUGGAACAUGUCCCAAUUCAUCUGCCAGUCCUUUCUAGGUUACUUUCGAAACGCAAAGGUGUGCGCACGUCUCCGAUGCUGGUGAAUCUUGCAGGAGUGGAGUUAACCCCAGAGGGCUGGGCAUGGCUGCAGAAGAACCUGGCUCCUGCCCAAACUGUCUGGCUAAAACUCAUAAGCCGAGAGGACGACAUGCUACACUGUUUGGUGUCUCAAAGCAAGCAGGGGUCAAUGUGGAGCUACUGUAUGAACGAAGAGGUGCUCAGGCUCGGUCUGGCUCGCACUGCGCCCAUGGUUGGGGUCCUGCCUGACUCUCGCCUCUACUGGCGUCUCCACAAACGGCUGCACAGGGCAGAGGUCAAAGCUGAGAGGAAGGGGCAGGGACUGUGGAAGCAGGACAGCCUAUGGGAGAGAUAUUCCAAGGCCGUCAGGGACAACGCUUUAUUCAGACUGAUGAGGAGGAUCUUUAGGAGGACUUGAUGCACUAAGUGACCAUUACAAGACAGCAUUUCUAAAUCAAAACGUGACAGCACACAAUCUGUUUUAUUUAUACUGUAUAUCUGUUGAUGACCACGGAUUUACUGACACAUCUAAAAGGAGUUUACAGGCUACAAAGAGUCAAUUUUGUUUUUCAUUACACCUGUUGCAAAGGCUUGUGGUUUAUUGUUACUGUAUUUCACAGUUUUAAGAUGUUUGAAAUGAUUAUAAAACUAUCUCAAACCCUGA